AUGAGCGCUGCAGAAAACGAUCGGGGACGAAAGCCCAGCAGUUUGCGGUCGAUUUUUGCAGGCUCGACCGCCGGUGCCAUUGAAAUAGCAAUCACCUAUCCGGCUGAAUUUGCGAAGACUCGGUCACAACUCAAUCGCAAACUACCAGACGGGCAGAAACUGCCAUGGCCCCCAUUUGGGACGCAGUGGUACGCUGGUUGCACUACUCUGAUCAUAGGAAAUUCUCUCAAAGCAGGCAUUCGAUUCGUCGCUUUCGAUAGAAUAAAAUCACUUCUGCAGGACGAAAAUGGCAAGAUAUCAGGCCCACGAACGGUGAUUGCCGGGUUUGGAGCUGGCUUCACUGAAUCCCUUUUCGCAGUGACACCAUUUGAAAGCAUUAAAACGCAAUUGAUUGACGAUCGCAAAUCUGCGAACCCUCGUAUGCGCGGAUUCUUGCAUGGCAGUAAACUGAUAUUUAAGGAGCGAGGUGUUCGAGGUUUUUUCCAGGGCUUCGUUCCUACAACGGCAAGGCAAGCUGCCAACUCUGCGACAAGAUUCUCAAGCUAUACUAUGUUAAAGCAACUAGCUGAAAGCUAUGUCGCACCUGGGGAGAAGCUGGGAACUGCAAGCACCUUUGCCAUCGGCGGUAUGGCGGGCUUUAUAACUGUAUAUGUCACACAGCCCCUUGAUACCGUCAAAACCAGGUUUGAUGAUAGCUCUACCCUGAGAGAUCUGAUGCAAUCGCUAGAAGCGUCUAAGAACUAUAAGAACAGUUUUGUCUGUGCAGCAAGGAUCUUCAAAGACGAAGGGAUAUUCACUUUCUGGUCCGGAGCCGUUCCGCGACUCGCUAGGCUGAUCUUGAGCGGAGGAAUAGUGUUCACAAUGUACGAGAAAACGAUGGAUGCUCUCGACACUCUAGACCCGAAGAGACAAUAUAUCUGA